CAUAGACGCGUUGAAUCACACGCAUGUUUGUGAAAUUUAUAACAAGAAUCUCAAAGAAGUAUUGAUUUCCGUUUUCCGGCAUCGUAUUAUUUUAUAGAAGCGUAGUUUUGAUAAAAUAAUUGUUGAUAGUUUGUUCUUGAACUCAAAAAAUAAAUAUUUGUGUAUUGUAUGGUUGUUUUGUGUGAAUCAUAUCAAUUUUAAGACUUAGUUUAAUUCAACAUAACAUUUCAAAUCGAACAGUAAAGCUUUGUUUAAAAAGCGGCGUUUUAGUAAUUCAGUGAAUGUGUUUAUUGUAAAUUGUUUAAUGAAAAUGGGAGCUGCUGCUAAAUCUGGACCACAAAAUAAUGUCGGAAAGAAACGUAAACGUCCACAAGGUAUGAAAAAAGGUCCAAAAUCACGACCUCCAUCAUUGUUUGCAAAUCCAACACGACCACCAUUCCCACCACCAAUGGGACCAAUACCACGUGGAAUGCGACGUCCACCAUUUCCACCAGGUCGUAUGCCACCAGGCAUGCGUGGGGGUCCCAUUGGACCCCCAAUGCCUCCAAUGGGAAUGCGUGGUCCAAUGGGACCAAUGCCACCACCUCCAAUGAUGCGUGGCCCACCAAUGUUAAAUCGUGGACCACCUUUACCACCACCAAUGAUGAUGGGUCGUGGUGGUCCACCAAUGAUGGGACCACCACCAAUGGGUCCACCGUUUGGACCACCAAUGCCACUAAUGGGUGGUAUGAAUGGACCACGGAAUGGACGUAUGAACGGACGUUCACGUGGUGUUAAAAAGUUUGGUAAAAAAAAGAAAACAAAAUUUGGUAUAAACAACGAAGAAAACUUGAGUAAACCAUGGGUAACAGAUGAAUUACGCGAGGAAAUCAAAAAGAAAGAUGAACUUUUAAAGAAAGCUCAAGAAACGAAUAAAAACGAAGAUUGGGAGCCAUAUAAAACACAACGUGAUAAAUGUGUUAAAAUGUAUCAAACAGCAAAAGCUGAAUAUGUUGGAAAGCAUCCAGAAGAGGUUGAUUUACAUUUGAGUGAUGAGAAUGAUGAUGAAAAUGAAAGUGAUGAAGAGUAUGAUGACGAAGAUUACGAUAAUGGAGUACAAUACGAUAAUGAAGAUUAUGAUAAUGACGAUAUUGAAGAAGGGCAGUACACUGAUAAUACGGAUAAUGAUAGCGAACUAUAUUGUGAUGCAUGCGAUAAAUCAUUUCGUACAAACGCCCAAUUACAACAUCAUAAAAGCGAACAUCAAUUAUGUGGUAUUGAUGGUUGUAAAUAUUUCGCACAUUAUGCGUUAAUUGAUAAACAUAUACGUAUUCAGCAUCAAACUGGACUUUAUCAAAAGAUUAAAAAACAAUUAUUAAGUGAUAAUAGUGAUCAGGAUGUUGAUAUACAAAAAUGGCGUGCACAACGGAAAAUGAAUUAUCCAAGUAAAGAUAAUGUGAUACAACGACAAUUGAAACAGGAGGAAUUAUUAAAGCGGGGAGAGAAAUUAUGGAUUGACAAAAAAUUAAAUAGACGACAACAAAGAAACAAAGGCGAAGCAGGAACAUCAACUGAAACUAAUGAUAAAUCAAAAAGACAAAAGCGUAAAAGACUCAAUCGUAACGAACGAAAUCAUAAUCAAUUAGUUAAAGUGUUAACACGUGAUACCGAGAAUGAUAAGAAUAUGACAUUAUCACUAACAUCCGAUGAAGAGGAUAACGAUAAUGAUGAAGUAAACGGAAAUUUAAUGCAAUUUAAAGGAACGAAAUUAUUAUUUCCAAAUGAGAAUGAUAAUGACGAUAAAGAAGAUACAUUAAAUUAUGAUAUUGAUGAUACUGAAUGGGAUGAUAUUAAACAAUCAUGUGAUAAUCAAAAUGAUAAUACAUUUAACAACGUGACACCACCAACAAUCAAUUUAUCAAGUAAAUUGGGUGCUGAUGUUAGUAAAAUUGUAUUUAAUAAUUCAUUGAGAGGUUUAAUGUGCGCUUAUGAUUCAGCCAAUUCCGAUGAUGAUGACGACAAUAUUCCAUUAUCAAUUGAAAAGAAGAACGAUCAAGUUGCAACUUCAAAUUUAUCGCAGAACAAUGAUAAAGUUGCGUUAUCAAAUGAUAAUAAAGUUGGAUCAUCAAAUUUAUCGCACAACUCCGAUAAAGUUGCAUUAUCAAAUGAUAAUAAAGUUGAAUCAUCAAAUUUAUCGCAAAACAAUGAUAAACUUGCAUUAUCAAAUGAUAAUAAUAUCGAGAAUGUUGAAGAUGAGGACUCCUCACCUCCGAUUGAAAUGAAAAUCAGUCGAAAUAAUGAUAGGACACCGAUUGAAAUUGAACAAAUAAAAAAUAAUGAAAAUAAAACAGAAAAACGAGAGAGAAGAAAGCGUGGUGAAAAAUGUAAUAAUAAAAGAAAUAAUAAUCGUAAAAAAGGGCCUGGUGGAAAUCAACCACCAAAAAAAGAACAAUUCAAACGAAAUCGUCGUCCUACGUUGUUAGAAAAAUUAUUAGUAAAUGAAAUUCGACAUGAACGUAACGUGAUUUUACAAUGUAUUCGAUAUAUUAUUCAAAAUAAUUAUUUCGAAUAGUUUUUUCGAGCUGUCGUGAUUGAUUCGAUAUGGAUGAUUUAUUUAACAAGAUUAAAUGCUAGUCGCAUAAUUUUUUAAAUUUUUAACUCGAAAUACAUUUUCUUUCAAUUAAAUCUGGAACAAUUUACCAAAAGAUUAGAAUAAGGUGAUUCGAUUUUUUUCUG